AGCCGGCACAACAAACCGUAAUUUAGUUGGGCGUGUGACAUCCGUUCACGUUGCUGGAUAAUUUAAGACGACAAUAAGUGUUCGAUGAUAUUUAUUAUUUAAUUAAAAUUGAUGUUUUUUUUUAAAUAAUAAUUCCGAUAUAACGGAACGUGCUACCAAUACAAGAGUCUUGUCAUCGGCCAGAUCCUACAUCCUACAUCAUUAAGAUUAAUUAUCUUCUGCAUUAAUAUUGCGACAUUUCAGGAAUCUGUAUCAUAGUGUUAUAAAAAUUUACAAUAAGAGGUGUGACAAGGUUGAGGACUGGUAUAAAAACCAGGGGAGUUUUAUUCUGUCAGUAUCACAAGUGAGUCAACACUCUACAAUGAAGUACUUUGCAGUCUUUUUAUUGGUUUUGGCCACAAGCCAAGCAUCUAUCAUUCCAGUUGCCCAUUACGUCCAACCUGUUAGUGCGAUUACUAAAGGUGCUUCGUUUAGUUCGGCUUCAGCAGGAUCGGAUGGUGCAUCUGCUUCUUUCGUCGAAGGUGCCACCAUUGCUAAAAUUGGAAAUCAUGCAGCUUUAGUUUCCCCAGGAAUUGCAGCCCAUGCUGUAGCUCCAGCAAUUGCCCCUGCUUUUGUAGCUCCUGGUCCAGCUGUUCUUGCUGCACCAGCUGUUGUUGCUGCAGCCCCAGCCGUUGUAGCUGCAGGACCUACUGUGGUUUCUCAUGGAACCGGAGCUAUUAUUGCUGGACCUUCUGGUACUGUUGCCACAAGCAAUGGUUUGGGACUUGGUGUAGCGCCAGUUGUUGCUGCAGCACCCGCUGUAGCAUCCGCAGUCAUUGCCCCAGCAGUAGCCAAAGCUGCUGUUGUUGUAGGCGGACAUGGACAUUUAUAUUAAAUUAAUGGAUUUUUGUUAAAAGUGUUGAUUAAAGUUUAUAGGUUUAUUUAUGAA